AUGACCAACAGUCAAAUUUCCAAGGUUGUUUACAAGCAAGACCCAAUGUCGACAAAGGAAUAUAUCGUCAUUGUGAACCCUGAGGCCUACGUUUCCUGGAAGAAUGGCGACAAGACAAUUCCACUUGCCGAUGUCGUUGGCAGUUUCCAGAUUAUGACAUCAGGACAGGGCCAGCAAGGCAUCAUGGGCCAGGUGUCAAAGCAGGAGAUUCACACCAUCUUUGGCACGAACAAGGAAGACGAAGCUAUUGUAAUGUUGCUUGAGCGUGGCACGCUCCAGGCCGGUACCCUGAAGGGCAACGACCUAUCUGGGCGCAGCGCCAAGGGCAGCGGAGGCUCUGGAGGCGCCGGCCGCUAA